UGCAGUUGUUGAAAAAAACAUACAGAAUAAGUUUUUAUGUGGACGUGUUUAUCUAAAAAUAGUUAAGUCUUGAGUUAGGCCUUCGUAUACAAAUCGACGGUGAAAUGUGCAUAUUUUAGCUAACUGUAUGGAUUUAUUGAUCGAAAGGGUGGCUUUUAAAUCGACGUUAAACUCUGUUAUUUUCUUAUACUACCAUUAUAUUUGAGAUGCGAUACGACACACUUCUUGUAAAUGCAGUCCUUAAUUGUAAAUAUUAGCUAAAGACGUUGUACUUUAUGUUCAAUGGUAAAAAUUGCUUAUGGGAAUCCCUUUUCUAUCGGUGAUGUAAUCAUUUAGGAAUUAGUGCAAUGGAAAUUACAUAAUAACAAGUCCGAAAAUCUGCCCUGAUCAACUGUAGGAGCGACUUUGCAACUGGAAAAAACACAUACCUUCAUCAAAUUUUCCAUACGCAUCCUUGAAAGUCAAUUUCAAUCAGGUUUUCAAUGUUUUAUGGAUCUGAUGGUAUGCAGUUAAGAAAAACUCCGUUACCCAAGAUGCAUUUCGGCACACCCAGCCCCCAACUGUAAACGUUUUGGCGUAAAACUUAAAUCACAGGCGGGAGAGGUUCGGCAGAGUCAGUCUGUGAAGCAAAGCUGCUGCUUUUAGCUUGAGUGUAAAUGAUUUUACGUUUUUGUUAGAUUUUAAAUAUUACCGAAAGCGGGCUGUGUGAUAUCAAGUAAAUAAUUUGGUCGAAGAGGAGGAAUUAUCUGGAUAUUCGAGCUAACGGUUAAGUUUUCUUCAAAAACAUACCGAGGAGGGACGGGAAGUGAUUCAACAGCUCAAAGAUGAUCAUGAAGGGGCAGAAGCGUAAACUCCCACUAGAGGACGUGGAGGUUUCAGACAGGAGCAGCCCCUUCUGGGAGACCCAGCGCCAGUUUGUGUUCUCAGUUUCCCUGAACAAGUACCAGCGAGGUCAGGAGCUACCUGAGCCCAGUCUAAGGAGGUCUGUUCUCAUAGCAAACACCCUGCGGCAGGUCAGCCUGGAGGCUUCUAGGGUGCCCUCUGUAGACAGAGAAGUGUCACUACCACCUUGUAGCUCUUCAAACAACCACUCAGCUCCUACCAGCUGCCCUCUAGUUCCCCUUAAUAACCUGACACAUUGUGCUGCCAGUAGAUCUAUAACAAGCAGCUACUCGAGUGCUUCAACUCUCCCUCUGCCUUUAAAAGACGAAGAUGAGGACUGGGGGUCGAUGUCCAUGGACUCUGAUUUCUCCCUUUCAGCUGCCAUCUCCUCCAUUCUCACUGCACUGGACUCAAACAUCGAUGGGAGCUCUCAGGCAGCUCCACGGACACCUCUCAGGUCCUUGGAGAACCUGUCAGGACCCUCUGAAGGAGUCGUGGAGGGGUUGAAGCAGGGGGUCAGAGAUUGUGGGGGAAGCUGGGGGCAGCAGGAGGAGAGCAGGGCUGGGUCCAGCUACCUCAGUGAUCUCACUGUGGAGGACCUGUUUCAGGAUAUAGACACAUCCCUCCUGGAGAGGGACAUGUGUGUGCUCGGGCUCCGUGGGAGUGGAGGUGAUGAGCUUCUACGGUACCUGCCACCUUUGUCAUCAGUCUCUGCCUCGCACCCUUUCCCCCUCUCUCUUAACCACAAUCUGAAGUGUCUGCCUUCAUUCUCAUCAUUCAGCCCAUUAACUUCCUCAUCAUGUCCCUCACCACCACUUUCUUCGCCAGCCCUCUCUGCUCAAAGUCAAGUUAAAGAUGGAUUUGAGCUGGAGACUCUGAUGGAGAUCCUGGUGGAGUCCUGAUAGCCUUACCCUUGUUAAACUGCAGGAAGUUCCACAGAAACUACCCCGGACUGCGUUAGUCAUGGACAAAUCUGUUUUCUCAAAGAAAAAACUAAAUUUUCAAACAUGUCAGAUAUCCACUUUCUUAUUUUUAUACAUUGCUCAUGAAAUGUUGCAUGAUGGUCCUUUAAAAGUAGUCAGAAUGUUCUAGAAAUGUGGGAAUAGUUGAUGUCUAAGAAAGGAAACACUCAGGAAGUGUGCAGAGGAGGAACUGUGAUGCAUCUGACUUUUUUUUUUAGCAGCAUGAAGGGUUUUUGUUCUCUGGCAAAAAUGGAGGGAAAACGGUGAACACUGUUAAAAAGCCAGAUGAGGCGAGCGUCUCUUAGUGACUAAGUAGUGAGUCAGUGCCUAAUGAAGAAGCAUUUUACUACAGUUUCCUGCAUGACUCAUCUGACUGGAACUAUGUAAGGGAGAUGCUCGAUAAGGAAAGAGAAGUAGAGAGAAAGUAGCUUCAGUGUUGCCUUAAUGUUUGUCUUAAUGUAAGUGAUCUGUGUUCAUACUGAACAUCCUGAGUAGGAAAAGAAGUCAUGGGGCUUGAGGGGCUUCAGAGACAGUUGAGAAAAAAUCUCCUUUUAAAAAUUUGGAAAUGUUGGAGUUGUGAGAGAAUGUGAUUAUGCUGUUGCUGGAAAGAGAACAGCUGAAACACUAAUGUUAUUGGUGAAAUCUUCUGUGAAGAAAUCCUCUAACCUCGUAUUUAUCAAUAUGUUUAAAAAGGAGAUCAGGAAAUUACAGGUUCAUGUCAGGAUUUUAGAGAAGUCCAAAAGCACAAAGAAAAAAAGUGCUUUUUCUUUCAAAAAUCUUAUGCAUAUUUAUUAUAUCAGGUGUUUUGGCCUGAAUUAAUCAUAAGAACAAGUGUUUAGUUCACAACAUGUUCAUGUGUUUCAUUCUUGAAGGUUAUGACAGAGUUAUUCUUUGUGUCCUUUAAUUUACCAUCAGUAAACAACUAUAGGUGUUUAUGUACAAUGUUGUUUCAUCAAGUUAAGAAGAACAAAAAAACCACUGUAACAUUACUGAGGAAGUGAACCAUGCCAUGCAGGCUUUAAAGAGUAAACAGAGUUCAUUACAGUCUGAGUGCAGCUCUAGUUAAGGAAACGCUUAGUGUCAGUGCAGCUAAGGGAUUAUGAAAGCAAUUCUUUCUUUCAAAAAAAGCCUUUAAAGUGCUGUGAUUCUCCACAAAUCACACCCUCUAAACACCAGCCCCUGUCUGCAGAUGUUUUAUCAUUGAUCUGUCCUUGUUUGGGUCAGCUUCAUGCACUGAGUCACAUGUUCACAUGGCGUCCUAAUGGUUCUGACCUCCAUCCUGUGAACACUGUUCACACAUUCUUGUCUGGUUUACAACAGAAUUGUUGCACUUUUGUUAUUAAUAUGCAUUUCAAAGUCAUGCAAGAAUGUGGUUUGUGCCUCAUUGUGUAUCCAGUAUGCAGCAGUGAAGUUACAUGUUGCCAAAUUUUUCCUUUUGAUCCCACAAAGUUGAGUCCUUUUACAUGUUUUAAAUGUUAAACGAACACUUGAAAAUGUGUUUUAUGGAUGUUACGGCGUAUAAACAUUCACUGUUUAAAUGCAUGAAGAGAAAUGUUGAGGAAGCACACAAUGCCUGUUUGUCUUUUAUUUCGUUAAUGGAUCAAAGUUAUUUUUUUUUAUGCAAGAGUUUUUUUUUCUGAAUAGCUGGACUGCAGUCCCAAACUAUUUAAGUAAUAUUCCAUGUGUUACAUUUCACUAAUGGUAUAUUAAAGUACUGUAUUAAGUUUUGCUUUCUUUAAAAUUAUUUUAAAGUUAUGUUUUGAAAUGGAGGGCAGAAUGCUUGGAUACUGUGUAUUUAGACUUUUGUAAAACAUGACAAAUAUUUGUUCACUUAUUUUGUUUUUAAUAAAAUGUUGA